AUGUUGAGGGCAUCUAGAGUAUCAUCACACUCCUUCAAACUAGCAAAAUCAUCGCUAUCAGCAUCGCCAUUUGCAUGUAUAAGGAGCUACGCCUCAACUCCAACCCCGUUACCAACAAACACCCCCAACAAACAACCAACCACCGCCAAUGCCGUCACUCCAUUGGGAAGAAAAGUACAAAAGUACUCUGACCCACCAGGCAUGUUCGGCAAGACCACCUUCACUGAAGUCAUGGACGAGACGAAUAUGAUGUGGGAUAAAUCAGAUGACCCCGAUCAAGUUUCAAAGCAAAAUACCAAGAUUCGUCAUUUCACGAUAAAUUUCGGUCCACAGCAUCCGGCAGCUCACGGUGUGUUGAGAUUGAUUUUGGAAUUGCACGGUGAGGAAAUCAUUCGUAGUGAUCCUCACGUUGGAUUGUUGCAUCGAGGAACUGAAAAGUUGAUUGAGACAAAGACUUAUAUGCAAGCAUUGCCCUAUUUCGAUAGAUUGGAUUAUGUGUCCAUGAUGACCAAUGAGCAAGUUUUUGCGUUGGCAGUGGAGAAGUUGUUGAAUAUCGAGGUCCCAUUGAGGGCAAAAUACAUUCGUACCUUGUUUGGUGAGAUUACAAGAGUUUUGAACCACUGUAUGUCGGUAUUGACCCAUAUUAUGGACGUUGGUGGAUUGACUCCGUUUUUGUGGGGGUUUGAGGAACGUGAGAAGUUGAUGGAGUUUUAUGAACGUGUUUCGGGAGCAAGGUUGCAUAGUGCAUACGUGAGACCAGGUGGUGUUGCUCAAGAUUUACCAUCGGGUUUGUUGGAUGAUAUUUACAUGUGGGCUACUCAAUUCGGUGAUAGGAUUGAUGAGAUUGAAGAGUUGUGUACUGAUAACCGUAUUUGGAAAGAGCGUACUAUAAACGUCGGUACAUUGACAGCUGAUGAUGCUUUGAAUUAUUCAUGUUCAGGGGUAAUGUUGCGAGGAUCGGGAAUUCCAUUCGACGUGCGUAAGUCACAACCAUAUGAUGCUUACGAUUUAGUCGAUUUUGAUAUUGCCGUGGGGUUGAAUGGUGAUUGUUAUGAUCGGUAUUUGAUUCGUAUGGCUGAGUUUCGUCAAUCGUUGAGAAUCAUAUUCCAGUGUAUAAACGAUAUGCCACAGGGACCAGUCAAAGUGGAAGAUUAUAAUAUUUCUCCUCCACCAAGAAGUUUGAUGAAGGAAGAUAUGGAGGCCUUGAUUCAUCAUUUCCUUUUGUUUACUAAAGGGUAUGCUGUACCAGCUGGUGAAACUUAUACUGCUAUUGAAGCACCAAAGGGAGAAAUGGCAGUUUAUGUCGUUAGUGAUGGAAGUGAGAGACCUUAUAGGUGUAAGAUUAGAGCUCCUGGAUUUGCCCAUUUGGGUGCAUUUGACCACAUUGCUAGAGGUAACCUUUUGGCCGAUGCUGUGGCCAUCAUUGGUACUAUGGAUUUAGUGUUUGGUGAAGUUGAUCGUUAA